AUGGAGAGGACGAAUAAUGUGUCGGAGUUCAUCCUCCUGGGCCUGACUCAAAAUAUGGAGCUUCAGAAAUUUUCAUUUGUCGUGUUUUUAAUGGUCUACUUGGUCACCUUGGCAGGGAACCUGGUCAUCAUGAUCACCAUCAGCACCAGCAAGGCCCUGGGAUCCCCAAUGUACUUCUUCCUGUCUUACUUAUCCCUUUUAGAUAGCUGUUGCUCUUCCUCCAUGACCCCUAAAAUGCUGGCUGACACCCUUACUGUGAGAAAGAUUAUCUCUUUUAGGGGAUGUAUGACUCAGGUCUUUGCCGAGCAUCUUUUUGGUGCUGCUGAGAUUAUCCUUCUCACGGUGAUGGCCUAUGACCGCUAUGUGGCCAUCUGCAAACCCUUGCACUACAUGACCAUCAUGAGCCGACAGGUGUGUAACCUUCUUAUAGGAGUGGCUUGGGCUGGAGCCUUUAUCCAUGCGACCAUUCAGCUCCUCUUCACGGUCUGGCUGCCUUUCUGUGGCCCCAAUGUCAUAGAUCACUUCAUGUGCGACUUGAACCCUUUGUUGAAACUAGUCUGCAUGGACACUCACACCCUUGGUCUUUUUGUUGCGGCCAAUAGUGGGCUCAUCUGCUUGUUAAACAUCCUGUGUUUGAUGGUCUCCUACGUCGUGAUCCUGCACUCCCUAAGGACCUACAGCUUGGAGGGGAGACGCAAAGCCCUCUCUACCUGUGCUUCUCACAUCUCCGUGGUCAUUUUAUUCUUUGUGCCCUGCAUAUUUGUGUAUCUGCGUCCAGUGAGAACCUUUUCCAUUGAUAAAGUUGUGGCUGUGUUUUAUACCAUGAUAACACCUAUGUUGAACCCUUUAAUCUACACUCUCCGAAAUGCAGAAGUGAAAAAUGCUAUGAAGCAGCUUUGGAUCAAAAGGUGA